AUGGCGGACGUGGACCAGUGGAUUGAUAUCGCAAAACAAUGUAAAUAUCUUCCAGAAAAUGACCUAAAGGUAAGUUCAAUUGAUAAAAAUGUCUUGGUAUACUCAUGGUACGUCAAAAUUUUUUUCACAAUUGGAUAUAUUCUUGUCUUCUUGUUGGUAGAAACUUUGUGACUACGUCUGCGAAUUGCUGCUUGAAGAAUCGAAUGUUCAACCGGUUUCCACGCCAGUUACUGUUUGUGGAGACAUUCAUGGACAGGUAUCCUUACGUAUUUAUUCAACAUGGAAAUUUUCAGGAUAUUUGUAUCAAUAAAAGGAGGUGCAUCGGUCUGUUCAUGGAAUACAAUAUUUGAAGAUUCAACUCAUCAAAAAUUUUGCAAUACACUAGCUCUACAAUGCAGGGAUAGUCUACUCACGUUAGGUACCUUUUUGUUUUCAAGUCUCGUCAAUAUCUAUUGUUUUGAUGAUAUAAGAUUUAAAAAGACGAGAAGAGAUGGCAAUUUUUCUCGUACGUUGUCAAGAUUUUUCAUUAUGUCCCUGCUAUGUUGGUGUAAAUACAUUUUGUUAAUUCUAUUAAUUUGACUUAAUUAGUGUCAUAGCCGACAUAAGCUGGUAUUUGAAUACUCCUGUAAAUUUGUAUAUUGCACAACCAGUCUGUGUAUGUGGUUUUGUGAAAAUGGUUAUAGAAAUUUCAUUCAGAUAUGUGAUAAACAAUAUUUAAUUAUUGGAUUUGUCAAUUCUUAUAGUUUUAUGACUUGGAGGAAUUGUUUAAAACUGGAGGACAAGUUCCAGACACAUCAUAUGUGUUUAUGGUGAGAACAUUUCAUUUUACAUAAUUAAUAUUAUCUACAUCUAGGUUUCUUAUUUAUCAAUAAUUCAUUACAAAUCCAUCCUCAAGAAUGCAAAUUAAAAAAUUCCAAAACUAGUUUUGUAAUCCUAAAAGGUAUCCUAAUGUAUCCACAAAUCUUGAAAUCUAGAGAUCCUAUCAGUAAUUUUCCCCUCCAGAGGUUACUCUCUUAAUUAUGAAUUUAUUCUGAAAAUUUUACGAUGAAUUAAGGAAAUACCUUGUGGCUGACUAGGCUGUCUUUUCUUAUCACCUGUUGGCUGUAAAAUUAACAACAUGUGGGCACUGGAUAUGAGUUGGUAAAUGGCCUACAAGGAACAUAAUCCUGAAGUUUGGAUACAGUAUUUGAAGCUUUCUUUUUAGCAUUGCAACUGUUGGUGCAAUUCUUUUCCAUAUAAGGUGACUCAGAAUCUGAGCUGAUAAACGGAGUUGAGUGAACCAAUCAGAACACUUGAAAUGCAAUAUUUAGAGUUGAGAAUUUGAUAGUGUAUUGUUAUUGUAUUGAGAAUUCACAUGUUGAAUCUCACCUCUUGGAGUUUUAUUUAGUAAUGCAGCAUUAUUAAGUCAUGCAGUGCUUUUAACAAGAUUUGAAGAAGGUGAUCAACUUGGUAAAGCACCAAUCAGAGAAUAAUGUGAAAAACAACUUCCCUCUUGUUAUCAUGUUACUUCAAUUCAGAACAAAUUGGCUUCAAACAGUUUUUGGUGUUACUUUUGUAGAUGAUCAUUAAAUAUUCAUUUCCUGUAUACUGAUUGUUAUAUUUCUGAUCAAAAUCUUUCAUUUCUGCUCCCUGAGUUUCACAUUGGUUUCUGAAAUUUGAGUCAGUAUGUUCUUGGAAACUCAAAAUCUUUUUUCGCUGGAAAUGUAUGAAAUGUAUGGUGGAAUAUGUGAUAGAAAAUAUCAAUCAUUUUUGUCAAAACUUGUUUAUAAAGGUAAGAGUUGCUUGAAAGAACUCUAGAAGAUCUCAAGGUGUGUUAGGUCUCACUUCAUGAGUUUGCUUAAAAGUUUCCAAAGCAUACCUGGCAAUUCACUACAGAAGACCCGCCAGAGCUCUGGAGGGUGGCGGGUCUUAUUGAAAGCACUGUACAUGUAGGCUAAAUUUGUUUGUAUUGAUCAUCAUUUGGAUGAAUGCCCCCCCUAAUUAUAGGUUUGGCUCUUACAAUAAGUUAUGAGAAAAAAAGAAGUUAGAUGGGAUUCACUGAACAAAGAAAGCUUGUCAGAGUUUUGAAUGAAACUGAAAAUGAAAUUGUAUCUCAUGUCACAGAUUUUCCCAUAAUUAUUCUGAGAUCCAUUUGAGGUUUUGUGAAUAUACUUAAUGAAAAAUCAGUUAUUACCCAUAAAGUUUUAUUUUCUUUGAUUUUGUUUUCUUGAAAGUGUCUAUGUGAUUUAACAUUUACAUUGAAAACAGACAUGCAGUGAAUUUUUUUUUGUUGAUAUAUUGAGUUACAUACUCUUUCCUUUAGUGAUAUAAUUUUUUUGUUUCACAGGGUGACUUUGUGGACAGAGGCUAUUAUAGCUUGGAAACAUUUACCAGGUUAUUGACUUUGAAGGCCAAGUAAGAUGUUCCUCUCUAUUUUAACUUGAAAUUGAGCUAAUGUAUAUACUGUACUUUGAGAGAGCAAACAUGAAGUAGAGAAAAGUCCUAGUCACCAGAAGCAAACAAACUUGUCUUUCAUCAUUUUUCUCCUUCUUCACCUUAUGACUUCCUGCUUGCUCUUUUGCAUGUAAUUUCAGCAAUCAACAAUUAUCAAAGAAACAUUAUUCAAGGGUGAAAAGUUUCCAAUAACCAGAAACAUUUUUAAUUCAUAUGAUAAUAGAAACCUUUGAGGUUCAAACCUAAGAGAGAGCUGAUUUUUGCCCAACUUUUUGUUGAAUAAACUGCCAUUCAUUGAACUGUUCCAGAUGGCCUGAUCGUAUUACACUUCUGAGAGGAAACCACGAAAGUAGGCAGAUUACUCAGGUGUAUGGCUUUUAUGGUAAGUUUGAAGCAUGUCACUAGUCUUUCAUUUAAACUGGGAUUUUUUUCCCAGUUUUAGUACAAAAAAGUGCUAUAUUUUAAUACUCAUGAUGUUGUUCUCAACAUGAAAAAUGAUUCAUGAGAAAGAUCAAUAAUUUGAAGAAACAAACUCUUGUAUUUUUAAAGAAAGAGCUGAAUGAACCUUAAGUGGUCCAGAUACAUUUGAUGUCUUUUUAUUUUGUUUUUCAGAGGUGGUUUUGUUUUUAAGUGGUCCAGAUACAUUCAAUGUCUUUUUAUUUUGUUUUUCAGAUGAAUGUCAGUCCAAGUAUGGAAAUGCCAAUGCCUGGAGAUAUUGCUGUAAAGUGUUUGAUCUCCUCACUGUGGCUGCUGUACGUUUGUGUCACAGUCAUUACAUAAUUAUCCAGUGUUUUUUAAGAACAAAUGUUGUUACAUACAAUUACCUAAAAAUUAUUUACCAAUUGAAUGUGGAGGUGAAUAAUUGUGUUAGUACAUAUCAUGAAGGAACCAAAAAUUAGUAGAGUUCUGUCAAUAUUCCGAAAACUGGUUGGAAAGUAAGCUCUUGACUUGUGAUAUUGUCUCCUUGGCUACUUAGAGGUGAAUACUGUACUUUUUUUAUCACCUCUGAAAAAGCCAAUCAGCAUGUCAAAAAAGCAAUAUUUACCUGUGUGGAAUAUACUAAAUGUCUUAAUCACCUAAUUAAUCAUGGGAAGUUAACUUAAUCACCUAAUUAACUAUGGGAAGUUUGCACAUCUGACUGCUUGUUCAUACAGAGAAAAGAAGCUUGGAGAUUCCCUGUAUUUGUUUUGUAAUAUAAUGACUUUCUACUAAGUAUUUAUAAUAGAGUCAAUUUUCCAACAGGUUAUUGAUGGAUCAAUUUUGUGUGUCCAUGGUGGGUUAUCACCAGAUAUUCGGACUCUUGAUCAGGUAAGUAUGUGAACACAGAAAUUUUUCUUUGUGAUUUACUACAUAUUCCCACUGUUGUUGUCACUGUUGCAUUUACUGUAAGUUGAUAAACAUUAUCUAGGUUCAAAGUGAGGAGUAUUGAUUAACUCUAUUGUCAUUGUCACUUAUUUACAGGUACGGACUAUAGAUCGUAACAUGGAAAUCCCACACAAAGGAGCUUUUUGUGAUAUCCUUUUGCAUGAUAUUAAGUUACAGGGAUGUUAAAGACUCUGUUUUGAUUAAACAUGGAACCACAUGUAUGGAACAACUUUUCAUUAAGGAAAAGAGAAAAACAUUUUCCUUCUAUGAUUUUAAGCUCCUUGUUCCGCACAUACAUAGCUUAAUAAAGCUAAUACCUUUAUAACACAAUUGACAUUAUAUCACAAUUGAUGAAUGGUUAAGAAAUUCAAAUUACACCAUGGAAAAAUCAAACUACAGAAGGAAUGCAUGGUAAUACCUGUAGAAAUGUGUUGUUUGAAAAAGUUCCAAUGAUUAAAGAGUAGACCCUGACAGCAGUCAUAGCAGAACAAUUAAUGUAAUAUCCCAAAAAUGAUGAAAAUCACCUUGAAGAUUAGAGGGAGACUUACACCUCAUACAAGCCUAGAAGAGAGCAUGUACUUCAACAAACUAAAAUACAUCCUACACACUACAAAAUAUUUCUCUACUGUUGAACAAAGUAAGGUCCUUUAGUUCCAUGCAGAGACACAGUGAGAGCACUUAAGAAUAUCAACAUUUAAAUUAAUAUACUUACUUUUGCCCUGUUUUGUUAUGCAGAAAUUACAUGUAAACAUUAUCAGCAACAACCGAUUUUAACUUAACGGUAAUUUUCUUGUAGUUGACUUGGUAUUAUUUGCCCAUUGUUCUGACUCAUAAAUUGAGGAAUAUGAAAAAUACAAGGGUUCCCUGUUAGGAAUACCAGUCUUCUUUGAUUAGGAUUACCCUUAGUAGAAGACCAGCCAGGAAGAGAAUAGAAAAUAACUUACCUGACCAGUAGGUAUGGGUCUCUUGGAUCACCAGACAAUGUCUGAAAUAUGAGGAGCUUUCUGUUAAAAUCACAGGCUAAGGAACUUGUUAUAAAAGUAGUUCUUUUAGUUCUUUGUACAGUGUUACUCUCUUUGACAUUAUGUACAUCUGGUGUGGUCUGAUCCAGAAGAUGUUGAUACUUGGGCUAUAAGUCCUAGAGGUGCAGGAUGGCUGUUUGGGGCUAAAGUCACUAAUGAGGUUACUGUUUUGAAAAGUAUAACUAUAUUUUAGAGCUUUAGUUUAAGAUUUUCCUUUGCUUGAAAUUUUCCAAUCUAGUUUAAGUUAAGCUUGCUUUGUUUUAAUUUAUGAUCAUGCAACAACUACUGUAACAACACAGCAAAAAACAAAAAGCCCAAAUUUGUUUGAGACUCUUUGAGCCAAUUUUAAUGUCAUUUUUGAAGGACCCUUUUUUAAACCAGGGUACACUAGAAAUGUCUGUUGCGCUGAAUUUUCCUUGUUUGGCCAAAAUUUUCAUAUUCUUUUUUGCAUGUGAAAAAAUAAUCACAAAAAAUUCUUCCCUAUUAGUUUCUCUUAAUUUUGGUAUAAUUUGUUCAAGAAAGAAAGAAGAUCGGUGAGGAAACUUGGAUCAGGCUCCACAUCAUUGACACAACAAUUAUUGUAACAGACAUGUGGGCCCCUUUAAGUUUGAGGUUGUGGGAAUGUUUGGGCAGAAAUGAUUGGUGUAUUGCAUAAAAUCAUGUAAAAUGUGUAGUUGAAUAGACAAUUUCAUUUUCAUUUUUCCAGUUUGUACACAUCAACAGCUUGAAGCUGAUAUGCCGUGCUCACCAGUUAGUCCAUGAAGGAUACAAGUACAUGUUCGAUGAGACAUUAGUCACUGUUUGGUCAGCUCCAAACUACUGUUACCGUUGUGGAAACAUUGCAUCAAUAUUGGCCUUCUCUGAUCCUGAUACGAGAGAUCCCAAGCUGUUUAAAGCAGUACCAGACUGUGAGAGGAUUAUACCUCCCAGAACCACAACUCCUUACUUUCUGUAAACAAGGAGAAGUAAAACAAGAUUUAAUGUUUUCCCAUCAUUAAAGUCAAAAGCAUGCUUUGUAAAUAGUCCAAUUGGGUAAAGACCUUCCAAUUUGACAUAAGGCACUGGAAACUUGAAUAGUCCUCUUGAAAAGUCAUGAUCAUUUUGGCCAUUGCUGGACAAGUGGAGAUCUCAGAGAAAUGGUUGUGACAGCAUUUUAAGAGGGUUUUGUAUCAUAUGCAUAUUAACAUGGCAUUUUAAGCUUGUGUGGCUGUUUCUCUGAAAGCUUCAAAUUGUCUUUGUAAAUAUCUUUUGUGAGCUAGCUGUGUAUUGUAUACAUUGUUGAAGAGAUACUUUUUCAAUGUGAAUUGCCAGCAGUUUUCAUUAGAGGUGUAUAAUCACAUUAUUAUCCACCCACUGUAGUUAACAGUUAAAUUUUAAGUUAGAGUCACAGAUAGUAUUUCACUCAUCCUAAGCAUGUUUUUCAGAGUUAAAACUAGUUGAUGUACCGAAUUGAAAUUUGGCAUCCAAUUUGAAUUGCCACUGUUUUGGACUGACUAACCUCUCACACAUGUGAUAAUCCUUUUGUGUUUCCAUAAUUCAGUGUGCAUGUUUCUGAGAAAACAUUUAAAUUGGUAACAUGACCUUUUGAGAUACGCUGUAUUAUUUCACUUGCUUCUUUCAAUAUUGCCUCUAUCAAAUGUAGGCA